AUGGCACACAUCUUCUCACUUGCUUCUCCGCCUCCACCAGCCUACCAUGAGGGUAAUCAGACGGGAGGUCAAGUGAAGUUCCCAGACACCGGUUUCUUCCAAGGCUUCAACAAGCCCUCGCGCUUGGAAGCGGACAUCUUUGAAUGCGAGACCACAGGUUCAAUCCCAAAAGACAUCAACGGGACUUUCUACAGAGUGCAGCCAGACCACCAAUUCCCGCCUUUAUUCGAAGAAGACAUCCACUUUAACGGUGACGGCUCAGUAUCAGCGUUCAAGUUCGAGAACGGACAUGUGGACUUCAAGCAACGCUUCGUGCACACGGAUCGGUUCAAGGCGGAGAGAAGCGCGAGGAAGGCGCUUCUAGGCAAGUAUCGGAAUCCAUAUACCGAUAAUGAGAUGGUUAAGGGUAUAAUAAGAACGGCAUCGAAUACCAAUAUCGUGUUUUGGCGAGGCGUUCUGCUGGCGACGAAGGAGGAUGGACCGCCGUUCGCGAUGGACCCGACUACAUUGGAAACGAUUGGCCGUUACGAUUUCGAUGGGCAAGUGUUGUCCCCUACUUUUACCGCACAUCCGAAGUUUGACCCGGAUACGGGUGAGAUGAUAUGCUUUGGGUAUGAGGCUGGUGGCAAUGGAUAUGAUGCAAGCUGUGACAUCGUUGUGUAUACCAUAAACAAGGAUGGGAAGAAGACGGAAGAGUGCUGGUACAAGGCACCUUUUUGCGGCAUGAUACACGACUGUGCAAUCACAAAAAAUUAUCUCAUACUACCACUGACGCCGAUAAAAGUCAACCAGGAACGGGUAGAGAAAGGAGGGAACAAGUUUGCAUGGGAUCCGAAUGAAGACCAGUGGUAUGGAAUCGUGCCUCGUCGGGGUGGGAAGCCCGAAGACAUUGUGUGGCUUCGCGCCGAUAACGGAUUUCACGGCCAUGUGGCUGGUAGCUACGAAGAUGAGAAGGGCCACAUUGUUUGCGAUCUUACUGUCGCCUCCGACAACGUCUUCUUUUUCUUCCCGCCGGACAACCCAACACCCACACCGACAACCCUCCUCCAACGCAACAAGCUCGUCUCCGAUACCUAUCGCUGGAUCUUUGACCCCAAGACACCCACCCACACACGCGUUCAACCCGCGCGAGUCUUCGGCAUCAAUGGCGAAUUUUCCCGCAUAGAUGACCGCGUCUUGACUAAGAAGUACAACCACUUCUGGCAGUGCAAUAUUGACCCGACCAAGCCUUACGACUUCCAAAAAUGUGGACCUCCAGCGGGAGGCCUGUUCAACGUCAUCGGGCACUACGAGUGGGACACGGGCAAAAAGGAUACAUGGUGGGCUGGUCCUACAUGCACAUUCCAAGAACCGGUGUUUGUGCCGAAAGAAGGCUCGACUGUUGAGGGUGAAGGCUAUCUUGUGGCGCUGCUGAAUCAUCUCGACGUGCUACGCAAUGAUAUACUCAUCUUUGACGCGCAGAAUCUUAGUCAGGGUCCGCUCGCUGCGGUGCAUCUGCCGGUCAAGCUGAGACUGGGGCUGCAUGGAAAUUUCAUUGAGAAGAGGGAGGUGGACGAAUGGUAUGAGAGGAGGAAGGAGGGCGGCAAGGUGGGGCCUGCGGUACCAGCGAAGGAACCGUUGCCUUGGCAGAAGAGGAUGGUGGAGCGAGGUGAAUUUAAAGUCGUUCUGUCCUCCUUGGCUGCUGCCUACGUCCCUUCGACCCAAACCCCACCCCAAGAGAGACUGCAAUAUCAUGGCCGCUUCUUUGAUAGCUCUUCCAGAAGAGCUUAUCUCUGCCAUAGCUUCGUGUGCCUCGAUUCCAGCCUUGGCCAAUCUCGCCCUUGCAUCGAAACUGCUGAACCGGAUCGCGACAGCACACUUGUACCACAGCAUCGCAUUCAAUGA